AGGCUGAGGGCGGGCGGCGCGGCGCCGGUGCCAUGGAGGCCGCGGCUAAGGGCGGCUUCGUCCUCGCCAACCUGGCGGAGGUGGUGGAGCGCGUCCUCGGCUUCCUGCCCACGAAGGCGCUGCUGCGCGCCGCCUGCGUGUGCCGGCUGUGGAGGGAGUGCGCCCGGAGGACGCUGCGGGCGCGGCAGCGCGUCGCCUGGGUGUCGGCGCUGGAGCCGGGCCCCGCCGACAGCCACGCGCUGGUGCGCGCGCUGGCCCGCGAGCUGGAGGACGUGCGUGUGCUGCCGCAAACCGUCCUCUACAUCGCCGACGCGGAGACCUUCAGCGGCCACGAAGAGUGUCACGAGCAAAAGAAAGCCAGGAAAAGAAACAGCAAAGAAACAGCGAUUGCACUUGAAAAAUUGUUGCCAAAGCGAUGUCAGGUUCUUGGACUGGUCACUCCAGGGAUUGUAGUUACCCCUAUGGGUUCAAGCAGCAAUCAACCUCAAGAAAUUGAGGAGGGUGAAGCUGGGUUUGCUCUGUUGUUUCCCAAAAUUGAUGGGGUGAAGAUUCAUACUUUCCAUUUUUCAAAAGACUUGAAGAACAGGGUCUUUGAUGAAAGUAAAUUUGCUGAAGCAGGUCUGAAGAAUAACCCAGAUCUCCGGGUGGUUCUUCUGUUUGGCUACAACUCCUGGAAGUCUGGAGCAACUCGAUUUCUUCAUCAAAUAGUCAAUCCUUUGAAUGAAAAAAGUAUCAUCCUGGCUGGGGGACAAGUGGAGAGCUUUACAUCACUGACCUCUGAGAACAGCAGCGCCCAGCCCGGCGAUGCGUGCGGUGUGGUUGGGCUGGCGUUCAGCGGGCCCCAGAUCCAGAGCGCCACGGUUCUGUUAGACCAGGAUGUGGCUGAUGAGAGGACAGCAGAAGCCGCCAUGCAGCGUCUCAAAGCAGCAAACAUCCCUGAGCACAACACCAUCGGCUUCAUGUUUGCCUGUAUUGGCAGAGGAUAUCGGCAUUAUAAAACCAAAAGGAAUAUGGAAGCAGAUGCAUUUAGGAAGUUUUUUCCAAACGUUCCUCUCUUUGGCUUUUUUGGACAUGGGGAAAUAGGAUGUGAUCGAAUAGUUACUGGGAAUUUCGUGUUGAGAGAAUGCAAUGACAUAAAGGAUGACCUCCUUCAUGGCUAUACUACCGUUAUGACUCUCAUUCAUCUUGGUUCAACUAAAACAAACCAAGUGUAAUGUGAUUUUAAUGCCUCAGUGAGCUGUUGGUUUCAAUCCAGAAAGCUGAGAAGUCUGGAAGAGUGGACAUCCUGUAAUCAAAGCCCCUUCCAAAAAGUCAACACCGUUUUGGUAUAUUGUCAAAUCCUGUAGUUGGAGUAGAGUUCAAUAUAAUAGCUAUGAGAAAGCUUUGCAUUUUGUGUAAUUCCCUGUGCACAGCAGACUUGCAGAGAAAUAACGUUUGAUGGAGUUCUGCAAGUGAAGAAAGCCUUUUUCUUCUAAAAUGAGAGUGGUUUGCACAAACGGCAGUCAGGAGUCCAAAUAUCACUAUGUAGAAAGAAACGGUGCUUUGAUGUGCUCUGUUUAUCUAUGUAAAAACUAUAGAGAAACUACUGGUGCAGGCUGAAAUAGUGAUACAUAAAAUCCACCACUCCCUGGAUUUUGUUUCAAGAGAGAUGCACAACCUGCCCAGAUAUGAGUCCUAUUUUCAGAACUGAAUGGUUUUACUAGAUAAAAUGAAUUUAAAUCUUUAGAGAAAAGUAAUAAAGUGCUCACUAAAUAAAAAUAAAAUUACAUUAAAAGUACCUUGCCUUCUCUUCUUAGAGAAAAAGCUUAGAAAAGACUUAGAGGAGAAGUUUUAAAUAGAUGGUUUAGAUACUUUGUGUGUACCACCAAUUUUGGUCUCUGUGUAGGGAAGUUUACACAAGCAAGAUGCACUGGUGGCCUUUUCCUUUACCUCUGUUGGGGCACUGUAUUUCACAAAUUUGAAAUCCAAUGUUAAAAUUUUGGACCGCCUGGUGUCUUUUAAGAAGUUUUUUUCCUUUGAAGUAGUGAGCCACACAAGAUCUGUCUGUGUUCUGUUGAUACGGAGCCUUUAAACAAGACUUGUGGUUCUGCAUGGUUUCCCCUUGCCUUUACAUCAGUCACCCGCAUCAAUUGCUGCAGCUGGAAUGCAGAAUGGCCAAGUUCGAGUAGAUUCAGCAUAGCCUCAGUGUAGCUGAUAACAUAUUUGCUCCCUUUUAAAUGAGUUUCUCCCUUUUGUUUUCACUUUAGUGAUAGAAUUAUUAGUAAUAGGUUAAUUUUGCACUGUUUCUUCAUGCUUCUAGUUACCAAAUCAAUCAGCUGGCCUGUUUUCACUGUAGUAAGAAGAAAAUCCUUAGCUAUUUGUUGUACAACAAAACAAUGAUACUUUGCUUUAAAUGUACCAACCAAGAUGACAAUUGGCAACUUACUGCCUACGUCUGAAACUUUUACUGAAUUUAGCAGCCUAAUGAGCUAAGGUAGAGGCCAACCUGUGCUGAGCUACCAGUGCAGUGGGUGCUGAGCAAAGACAGCACUUCCCCAUGGCCGUGCUGGUGGUGGGGGUUUUAAUUAGAAGAUAGAGGAUGAGCUGUGAACUUCCAGUGGCCUUCCAGGGGCAGAGAUUCCUAAGUGUGGGUGUGACGGGAAAUGUUUAGUUGCUGCAUUUAGAAGGAAAUGUAUUUGGAAAUGGAGUGUGCUGGAACUUGAAGAGAAGCCUCUCAGUGGGAGGUGGAUACAUGUGUUGUCAGCAUAACUGCAAUGUCGUGUUUGGCUUCUGUGUGCAUAAGCUGCAUGUUUAACAGGAGGCAAAGAAAAUGUUUCAUUGCAGUAGGACAGGCGGGAUUCCUGUAGCUGUUGGCACAGGUUAUGGCCAGGCAGCAUCACCACCAGCAUAAGCCCGUGAACGUGAACUGACUUUUUGCUGUAGUAGAAACAGAUGAAGAAUGACCAACUAUGUGUCCUGAGCAGCUGUGCAAACAUGUCCAGAAGUGUCUGAAGAAGCAACCACGUGUCCUGAGCAGCUGUGCAGAUGUGCCAAGAAGUGUCUGAAGAAGUAGGUCUUGAACUCCAAUGCUGGCACAGCAAAAUGACAGGAGUGGUUUGAAGGGACUUGUCAUCAGCGAGGUCUGAGUAGCUACCCAGUCCCAUAGCUGAGGACACUUAAGAGGUAAACCUAAGUACAGCAAAGAUGCUGAGGGGGAACCCUGAGAGCCUGCACCAGAGCCCAGGAUCAUCUCUCUAACCUCAGGGAGUGGGAUGUGCCCAGGAGACCCCAGAGUCGUGCACUGCAUGGCUGGGACUGCUGUGCUGUGUCUCCCAGACCGGUCAGCCAAGUUGACAAGGAAGUGGUGUAAUUGAUAAAAUUACAAUGUCUAUGAUUAAAGUGUUUUGCUAUCCAAAUUAA